AUGGAAGAAACAGAGCAUCGAGGGGAAAUCCCCAAACUGUAUCCCGCCAAUGCCACCAUUGACAAUUUCUUCAUCGGUGGAGAGUGGGAUAAGUAUCUCCAACAGGUUGUCCUCCCAAAAACAGAGUCGGUCCACCCGAAUCCCAAAAUUGAACAGGUUGUGGUAGAGAAACACCCAGAGCUGGAAAUCCCUUUAGAUCCAGGGGAUUCAUGCUCUGGAAAGUACAUCUACGUCCAUGAUCUCCCUACCCAUUUCAAUUCUGAUAUCCUAAAGCAUUGCCGGUCUCUGAGCAAGUGGAUGGACAUGUGCCCGUUCAUAUCAAACAUGGGUCUUGGCCCGCAACUACAGAGCUCCGAUAAGGUUGUCUCCAAUGAAGGAUGGUACGAGACCAACCAAUUCGUCGUGGAAGUGCUUUUCCACAAUCGGAUGAAGCAAUACAAGUGCCUGACCAACGACUCCUCCAAGGCGGCGGCGGUUUUCGUCCCGUAUUACGGAGGGCUCGAUGUGGUUCGGUACUUGUGGGAUAGCAAGCGUAUGAUGAGAGACCAUUACUCGAUGGCUUUGAUUCAGUGGAUUCGGGAGAAACCCGAGUGGAAGAGAAUGUGGGGGAGGGACCAUUUCAUGGUCGCAGGGAGGAUUAGUUGGGAUUUCAGGAGAUUGACGGAGAAAGACGACCAUUGGGGGAACAAGCUCAUGGUCCUCCCCGAAUCCAAGAACAUGACGAUGCUUACCAUCGAAUCGAGUCCCUGGAACGAGAACGAUUUCGCCAUCCCUUACCCCACGGAUUUCCAUCCUUCCAGCGACGCUCAGGUGUUCGAAUGGCAGCACAGGAUGAGGAAGAUCAGGCGGCGGACUCUCUUCUCGUUUGCUGGAGCUCCCAGGCCCAACCUGAAGAACUCCAUUCGCAGCGAGAUCAUCCAACAGUGCAAAUCCGCGAGGAGGAAGUGCCAGCUACUUGGAUGCCACCCGAGCUCCAAGAAAUGCGACGAUCCGAGUAACUUGCUGAAGAUGUUUCAGAGUUCGAUCUUCUGCCUCCAGCCGCCGGGGGAUUCGUACACGCGGCGAUCGACGUUCGAUUCGAUCCUGGCUGGGUGCAUUCCGGUGUUUUUCCAUCCGGGUUCAGCUUACGUUCAGUACCUGUGGCAUUUCCCCAAGGAUUUCACCAAGUAUUCGGUGUUCAUACCGGGGGACGAGGUGAAAGAAGGGAAGGCCAACAUAACGAGGAUCCUGUCGAGGAUCUCCAGGCGUAGGGUAGUGGCGAUGAGGGAGCAGGUGGUUCGGUUGAUACCGGGGAUUGUUUAUGCCGAUCCGAGGUCGAGCUUGGAGACAUUGGAGGAUGCAUUUGAUAUAACUGUGGAUGGGGUUUUGGAGAGAAUUGAUGGGAUUAGAAAGGAGAUGAUACAGGGGAAGAACCUGACAGUGUCUGAGGCGGAAGAGGAGAGCAACUGGAAGAAGACGAUGUUUGGGACGAUUGGGCCACAUCCUUGGGAUCAUUUCUUCAUCAGAGAAAGGGAAUGGAACCCUCAAUGA